GUUGUCUGUCUGGAAUCCUUUGGAUGAGACACGCGGGCUGCUUGAGCCCAAAUUCAUUCAUUUCAGUGGACCGCUCUUUCUCAAUAGAACAACAACACAUUCUACACGGAUUCAUUUUUCCCUUGUAGGACAACAUAUAACAGAGUCAGAAUAAGUGAAUUAAAGACGAAAUAUGACAAAAAUAUUGACAGCCUGCAACGUCGUCAAAUCACUGAGGCAAGGAUGGCUCGCUGCCAGAAGAAGCAGCAACCCUGCUUGUUUGAGGUCUGCUAGGCUCUUCAGUGUUAAGGCCCAGAUAGCCCACCUGGUCCUGGAGGAUGGUACCCGGAUGAAGGGCUUCUCCUUUGGGGAUGAACGAUCUGCUGCUGGGGAGCUGGUCUUCAACACUGGCCUGGUGGGGUACCCAGAGGCUUUGACUGACCCCAGCUACAGAGGUCAAAUCCUGACCCUGACCUACCCCAUAGUGGGAAACUACGGCGUUCCGAACACUCAGGAGCUGGAUGAGCUGGGCCUGAGGAGGAACAUUGAGUCAGACCGUAUACAGGUAUCUGGACUCUUGGUGCAGGAUUACAGUCAUGAGUACAGUCACUGGAACUCUGUCAAGUCCCUGGGACAGUGGCUACAGGAGGAGAAGGUCCCUGCAUUGUUUGGAGUGGAUACUAGGAUGCUGACCAAGAUCAUCAGAGACAAGGGUACAGUGUUGGGGAAGAUAGAGUUUGAGGGCCAUCCAAUAGAGAUAUCAGACCCUAACCAGCAGAACAUUUUAGCAGAAGUCUCAACAAAGGAGACCAGAGUGUUUGGGAAAGGUAACCCCAUCAAAGUGGUGGCUGUUGACUGUGGCAUCAAGCACAACAUCAUCAGGCUGCUUGUUAAGCGUGGUGCUGAGGUCCAUCUGGUGCCCUGGAACCAGGACCUGAUGAGUCUGGACUAUGAUGGCCUGUUCAUCUCCAACGGCCCUGGGGAUCCCUCUCUGGCAGGAGACCUCAUACAGAACGUCCGCAAGGUUCUGGAGAGUGACCGGCCACAGCCUGUCUUUGGUAUCUGUAUGGGCAACCAGAUCACAGCACUGGCUGCAGGGGCCCAGUCCUACAAACUGCCCAUGGGUAACAGAGGUCAGAACCAGCCUGUACUCAAUGUGAUGACGGGUCAGGCCUUCAUCACAGCCCAGAACCAUGGUUAUGGCAUUGACAGCACCUCUCUACCACCUGGAUGGAGCCCGCUGUUUGUUAACGCCAACGACGGAACCAACGAAGGUAUCAUGCACGACACCAAGCCAGUCUUCACGGCUCAGUUCCACCCAGAAGCUAAAGGAGGACCUACAGACACUGAGUUCCUAUUUGAUGUGUUCAUAUCCCUGAUAAAGAAUGGGAAGGAGGCCAACAUUGUGUCAGUCAUGCCCAAGAAGCCUGCUAUCCCACCUAGGACUCCGGUUUCCAAGGUGCUGGUGCUGGGGUCUGGAGGUCUGUCCAUUGGUCAGGCUGGGGAGUUUGACUACUCUGGAUCACAGGCCGUCAAAGCCAUGAAGGAGGAGAACGUGAGGACGGUGCUGAUGAAUCCGAACAUAGCAUCGGUGCAGACCAACGAGGUGGGGACUAAACAGGCUGACUCUGUCUACUUCCUGCCUGUCACGCCUCAGUUCGUCACAGAGGUCAUUAAGACCGAACGACCUGACGGAAUCCUUCUGUCUAUGGGAGGACAGACCGCUCUAAACUGUGGAGUGGAGCUGUUCCAGAGUGGGGUACUGCAGAAGUAUGGGGUGAAGGUGUUGGGGACCCCUGUAGAGUCCAUUAUGGCUACUGAAGACAGACAGCUGUUUGCUGACAAGCUCAACGAGAUCAAUGAGAAGAUCGCUCCCAGCUUCGCUGUGGAGACGGUGGCAGAUGCCCUGAAGGCAGCGGAUCAGAUAGGCUACCCUGUCAUGCUACGUUCUGCCUAUUCCCUGGGCGGACUGGGCUCAGGAUUGUGUGCCAACAAGGACAAGCUGGAGGAGACCGCUCAGAAGGCCCUGGCGAUGAGCUGUCAGAUCCUUGUGGAGAAGUCUCUGAUGGGUUGGAAAGAGGUGGAGUAUGAAGUAGUCAGGGACAUCGCUAAUAACUGUGUCACUGUCUGCAACAUGGAGAACUUUGACCCCCUCGGCAUUCACACAGGUGACUCUAUUGUGGUGGCCCCCAGCCAGACUCUGUCCAAUGAGGAGUACCACAUGCUGCGUGAGACGGCCAUCAAGGUAGUGCGUCACCUGGGCAUCGUGGGGGAGUGUAACAUCCAGUACGCCCUUCACCCUGGCUCUCUAGAGUACUGCAUCAUAGAGGUCAACGCUCGCCUCUCACGCAGCUCUGCCCUCGCAUCCAAGGCCACCGGGUAUCCCCUGGCGUUUGUUGCAGCCAAGCUGGCUUUGGGCAUCCCUCUGCCGGAGAUCAAGAACACGGUGUCAGAGAAAACCACAGCCUGUUUCGAACCAAGCCUGGAUUACAUUGUCACUAAGAUCCCUCGCUGGGACCUUGACCGAUUCCAGGGCAUGUCCCGAGAAAUAGGCAGCUCCAUGAAGAGUGUUGGAGAGGUGAUGGCGGUUGGGCGUACGUUUGAGGAGAGCAUGCAGAAGGCUCUAAGAAUGUGCCACCCCUCUGUGGACGGGUUCAUGCCCCGCCUACCCCUCAACAAGCCUUGGUCUGCUCAGCAGGACCUACACCAGGAGCUGGCUGUACCCUCCAGCACACGGGUUUUCUCCCUGGCCAAGGCCCUUCACAGUGGUGUGACUGUAGACCACAUCCACCAUCUCACUGCCAUAGACAAGUGGUUCCUACACAAGCUACGACGCAUCACAGAGUUGGAGCAGCACCUGAGCCAGUUCAACAGUGCAACAUUACCCCAGACCCUGCUGCUGAAGGCUAAACAGGACGGCUUCUCAGACCGCCAGGUGGGCCAGGCCCUUGGCUCCAGCGAGGGGGAGGCCAGAGUGUUGAGGCUGGCUCAGAACAUUAAACCCUGGGUGAAACAGAUUGACACCCUUGCUGCAGAGUACCCUGCUGUGACCAACUACCUGUACUGUACCUACCAUGGACAGGAGCAUGACUUGGAGUUCAAAGACCAGGGUGUCAUGGUGCUGGGAUGUGGUCCCUAUCACAUUGGGAGCAGCGUGGAGUUUGACUGGUGUGCAGUGUCCAGUAUCCGAGCCCUGCGUCAGAUGGGCAUGCGGACAGUGGUGGUAAACCACAACCCUGAGACUGUCAGCACGGACUUUGACGAAUGUGACCGCCUGUACUUUGAAGAGUUGACUCUGGAACGCAUUCUGGACAUCACACAGCAAGAGGGCUGUACAGGCAGCAUCGUGUCUGUAGGGGGUCAGAUCCCCAAUAACCUAGCCAUGCCUCUGCACCUCAACGGGGUCAAGAUCCUAGGAACCAACCCCCAGCAGAUCGACCGAGCCGAGGAGAGGUCAGUGUUCUCCACCAUCCUUGAUGAACUGGGGGUGGCCCAGGCCCCGUGGAAGGCCCUCAGCUCACUGGAAGAUGCCUUUGCCUUUGCCAAUAAAGUGGGCUACCCCUGUCUCCUACGCCCCUCUUACGUACUCAGUGGCUCAGCAAUGAACGUGGCAUAUGGUGAAGAAGAGAUGAGGGGCUUCUUGGACGAGGCUACUCAGGUGUCUCAGGAGCAUCCAGUGGUCAUCACCAAGUUCAUCCGUGGAGCCAGAGAGGUGGAGGUGGAUGCAGUGGCCAAGAUGGGAAAAGUGCUGUGCCAUGCUAUAACAGAGCAUGUGGAGGAUGCUGGGGUCCACUCUGGAGAUGCCACCCUCAUGCUACCUACCCAGAGCAUCAGCCAGGGGGCCUUAGAGAAGGUGAAGAGUGCCACACGGAAAAUUGCUAAGGCGUUUGAGAUCUCUGGUCCAUUCAAUACUCAGUUCCUAGUGAAAGGCAACGAUGUCAUGGUGAUAGAGUGUAACCUGCGAGCAUCACGCUCCUUCCCCUUCGUAUCUAAGACCAUCGGUGUGGACUUCAUUAGUGUGGCUACACGGGUCAUGGUGGGUGAACCCCAGGAUGAGGCUGCUCUGCCUUCUCUGGAGAACCCCAUCAUCCCCGUUGACUAUGUGGGAAUCAAGGCUCCUAUGUUCUCCUGGCCUCGCCUUCGUGAUGCCGACCCAGUCCUGCGCUGUGAAAUGGCUUCCACAGGAGAGGUGGCUUGUUUUGGACCAAACAUCUACUCUGCCUUCCUCAAGGCUAUGCUAUCCACUGGCUUCAAGCUGCCUACAAAAGGAAUCCUCAUCGGGAUCCAGCAUUCGUUCCGGCCCAACUUCUUAGCCACAGCACACCAGCUGAAUGAAGAAGGCUUUAAACUCUUUGCUACAGAGGCCACCUCGGCCUGGCUCUCUGCCAAUGACGUCCCCGCCACCCCUGUGGCAUGGCCCAGCCAGGAGGGAGGAGAUGCCAGCUUGCCCAGUAUUAUCAGGCUGAUCAAUGAGGGCCACAUUGACCUGGUGAUAAACCUUCCCAACAACAACAGCAAGUUCCUCAGGGACAAUUUCCUGAUCCGCAGGAUGGCUGUGGACCACGGGGUGCCUCUCAUCACCAACUACCAGGUGGUCAAGCUGUUUGCUGAGGCCAUAAAGUAUGCCAGCGAGUUGGACACCACCAGCCUGUUCCACUACCGCCAACGGGACGCUGACCGCCAACGGGACACUGACCUCGAAAAGGAAGCUGACCGCCUUAGGGACGCUGCCGCCGGACUGCAGCGCUAGUUGGAUUGGUGUAAGAAUAUUGGGCCAGAGGGAGUUUCCACCAUAUUUCUUACAUCAGUCAACUCCUCUGAAAUCCAUGAAGGGAAGCAAACACUUUAGGAGAAAGGACAGAGAUUUGGACACAGGGCUCAUCUUCCAUGACAACUGUUGCUGCCUGUCUCUUUUCCUUUGUGAUGUCUGGCGGAUACUGUACCAAACAUAGUUACUAUAGCAUAGAUAGUUACUGUAGCAGAGAUAGUUACUGUAGCAAAGAUAGUUACUGUAGCAAAGAUAUUUACUGUACCAGAAGUUAAAGGGGUUAAACCAUUGUUAUUGACACCUGUAAAUGUAGCCCAUAAUUAUAUGCCAAAUCUUUAUACAUGUGUUUUAAAGACAUUUCACAUCUAGGGAUAGAGGACAUAGUUUGUUUGUUUGUGAUCUCAUUUAACCACAUCCAAGGGCAGUAUCUUUCCUGUUUACACUCCACAAACACAUUUUUCUUUAUCUUAGUAUGGCUGUAUUUUCCUCAUACUGAAAACACAUAAAACACCUUUGAUAUUUUGUUCGCCAGUUCAGAAGCCUUCAACAUUUUAAAGUCUAAAACAGACCUUGCUGACAAACCUUUAAAAGCAGCGGGUGGCCAUCCUAUUAUCUCUGACCAGAACAUCGGGCAUCAUGUUCUGUUCCAGUGACUACAUGUUGACUCACCACUGAUCGUCUCUAACUGACCACCGCGGCCAGCCGCUGCUUUCAGCCGUUGGUCGGCAUGGUGUGAUUUGUACGUAGUAAUGCCUGCUACAUUAAAGGACUCAGUUUGGCCAGUGACCCACACUACUGCUUCAUGCAUUCAUGCAUUUUGGUUAUGGACUAAAGAUGGUGCUAUGGACCCAACUAGGAUUGUAUGUGUGUGUUGAGUGCAGUGUUGGAAAAAGUACCCAAUUGUCAUACUUGAGUAAAACUAUAGAUACUUAGAAAGUUACUCAAGUACAAGUGAGUCACCCCCCUGAAGUAAAAGUCUAAAAGUAUUAGGUUCUAAAUGUACUUAAGUGUCUAAAGUUAAGAUAGAAAUCAUUUCAAAUUCCUUAUAUUAAGCAAAGAAGACGGCAUCAUUGUCUUGUAUCAAAAAUGUACAGGUAACCAGGGGCACACUCCAACACUCCAAAACUCAUUUCGAAAAUAUGCAUUUUUGUUUAGUGAGUCCACCAGAUCAGAGGCAGCAGGGAUGACCAUGUGUUCUCUUGAUAAGUCCGUGAAUGGGACCAUUUUCCUGUCCUGCUAAUAAGGAUUCAAAAUGUAACGAGUACGUUUGAGUGUCAGGUAAAAUGUACAUACUUUUCUUCAGGAAUGUAGUGAAGUAAAAGUUGUCAAAAAUAUAAAUAGUAAAGUACAGAUACCCCCAACAAAAACUUCUUAUGUAGUACUUUAACGUAUUUUUACUGAAAUACUUUACACCACUGGUUGAGUGUGUGUGUGUUGAGUGUGUUUUACUAGGCACCCUUCGAGAUAGCUUUUACAUUCUUGAUAUUUUGAGGCCGAUAUCAAGUUGUGAAUUUAUCCAAAGUGCUUCUCUCUUAAAAAAAAUAACUAUCUGGAAGUUUUUGUGUUAUUUUGGGGACAAUUUUAGCUAACGAUCCUAACAGCUGAUUAGUUAUAUUUUACAUGUAUUUGUGUGUCCAUGUUUAUAAAUAACAUGAGCUUACAUUUCAAAGUACUCUCCCUUUCAUAAACAUCUGCAUUCUGCAUACAUACAAAUCUAAUAAAAGCAGUAUUCACCAUG